ACUUCCACAUUGGCUAAUUUUAGUUAGGUGGCUAUCAAUCAAAUUAGCCACCUUGACCCUUCAUCUUAAACAAACGCAUCAGCCAAAACUAGCCACCUUAAAAACGCGUUUUCUGGGUGUUGAGAAUUUGUUCCGUGGUGACUGGUGAGGUCCACUUAACACGAACAGCUUUAAGAGGUUGAACGUCUGGAAAACUUUUCUUCGAGCUACUCUGACGUCAGAAUCUAAGCUUCCUGGGGUUGAUGUUCAUCUCAUAACUAUGGCCCUCGCUUAGGCGUAACUGUAGUCUUAGCCUCCUUUGGGGCUUUAAUCAGUUUGACAUAACCUCUUACGUCAGAACUCAGAAGCAAACCAAUGAGGCAAAUCAGUAGGAUGCGCUCCAACUCGAGAGAAGCUUCUGCUUUGAAUACAGAGGCAUUUCCACGAAUGUUUAAUCUGCCACGCACAGCUAUAAAUAAGAAGCACCCUUUUCAUCCUUGAUUACCUAUUUUCUUGAUCAACACCCAGUUACGAAAUUGCAGACUCGUCUAUCAAUCCACCAUGAUCCAGCUCGAGCUCUUAAUUUCACUCCCUUUCAUCCUUCCACUUUUCUUCUUCCUAAUUAGUGGCUUUCUGGGUAAGAAGUCUUCUUCUUCAUCAUCGGCCACUAAACUGCCCAUGUCUUACCCAUUAAUUGGUUCUUAUAUUGCACUAUCCAAGAAUCGUAACCGCUGGCCCGAGUGGAUUGCAGAGAUUCUGAGGCACUCCCCGUCUGGAACCUUUGUUCUUCAUCGCCCUUUCGGCGUCCGUCAAGUCCUUACUGCAAAUCCUUCUAACGUCCAACACAUACUCAAGACCCAAUUCUACCGCUAUCCAAAAGGUCAUUUCUUUCGGUCCACCCUCUCCGACUUGCUUGGCGAUGGUAUAUUUACCGCCGACGGUGAUAGUUGGAAGUCUCAGAGGCAGAUCUCUAGCCAUGCAUUCAAUACCAAGUCUCUCCACAAUUUCGUCGAGACCGUCGUCGACACCGAACUCACUAAACGUCUUAUUCCCAUCCUCUCAGCGGCCGCCGCAGACAAGUCCGUGAUCAAUCUGCAAGAUAUCCUCCAGAGAUUUGCCUUCGACAACAUUUGCAAGAUUGCUUUCGGAUUUGACCCAGAAUACCUGUCUCCCUCGUUUCCCUCGCCAGAAUUCACCACCGCGUUUGAUAGUGCUAUCCGCCUGAGCAGUGAAAGGUUUGGUUCAAUUAACCCGGCGCUCUGGAAGCUGAAAAGGGCAUUCGGUAUUGGGUCUGAGAAACAGCUACAGUUAGCAGUCUCCCAAAUUCGUGGCUUUGCGCAGAGAAUUGUGAGAGAGAAAAAGCGAGAGCUUGACGAGAAAUCUUCACUGGAAAACGGCGACCUGCUCUCGAGAAUCCUGAAUUCAGGGCAUGUGGACGAAAAUUUGGUGACAGACUUGGUGAUUAGCUUUAUCUUAGCCGGUCGAGACACGACAUCGGCAGCCUUGACCUGGUUCUUCUGGUUAAUAUCUAGUCACUCACACGUGGAAGAGGAGAUAUUGAGGGAGAUAACAGAGAACCCAGUAGCACCCAUAUACACCGAGGUGAAGAAUAUGGUUUACACUCACGCGUCGCUCUGCGAGAGCAUGAGGCUAUACCCACCGGUUCCCGGGGACAGCAAGGAGGCAGCGGAGGACGACAUACUACCGGAUGGGACGGUGGUGAAGAAGGGAGUGAGGGUAACAUACCUUCCUUACGCAAUGGGAAGGAUGGAGGCCCUGUGGGGUUCAAACUGGCCGGAUUUUCGGCCAGAGCGGUGGCUAGAGAAGGACGAAGUCACCGGAAAAUGGAGCUUCGUGGCGAGGGAUCAGUACACCUAUCCGGUGUUUCAAGCGGGACCCAGGAUAUGUCUAGGAAAGGACAUGGCAUUCUUGCAGAUGAAGCAGGUGGUGGCCGGUGUUCUGCGGCGGUUCCGGGUUGUGCCGGCGAUGGAGGAAGGUUGUGAGCCAGUUUACGUGUCCUAUUUAACUUCGAAAAUGAAAGGUGGGUUUCCGGUGAGAAUAGAAGAAAGAAACACCAAGCUGUGAGAUGACAAUUGUAUAUUCUUCUUCAACGGUUAAAGAUUCUCCUUUGUAUUGCUACUGUGAUAUUCAUCUUUUCUUUUUUUUUUUCUUAGAUCUAUCUUUCGUACGUUGCUACCGUGAUAUUUUGUUUUGAUGAAACGUUACUACAUCUACAUACGAGUGUUAUGAUUUCAGUCUUUGUAUUUUAUAUUGAUAUUAUAAUAUGGAAGAGCCCGUUUUAUGCA